ACGGACCAGCAGGCUGAAGCCCGCGCCUUCCUCAGCGAGGAGAUGAUCGCGGAGUUCAAGGCCGCCUUCGACAUGUUUGAUGCGGACGGCGGUGGGGACAUCAGCACCAAGGAGCUGGGGACGGUGAUGAGGAUGCUGGGCCAGAACCCCACGAAAGAGGAGCUGGAUGCCAUCAUAGAGGGGGUGGCUGAGGAUGGCAGCGGCACCAUUGACUUCGAGGAGUUCCUGGUGAUGAUGGUGCGCCAGAUGAAGGAGGAUGCCAAGGGCAAGUCUGAGGAGGAGUUGGCCAACUGCUUCCGCAUCUUUGAUCGGAACGCGGAUGGAUUCAUCGACAUCGAGGAGCUGGGUGAGAUCCUGAGGGCCACCGGGGAACACGUCACCGAGGAGGACAUAGAGGAUCUUAUGAAGGACUCAGACAAGAACAAUGACGGCCGC